ACACCUGAAGGGGGCCAGUUGAGGGUGCCGUUUCUAAGGACUACAACUCCCACUGUAUGCGAAAACGUUGCUUCUGCGCCGUAGAGCUCUACGCCUACAUUUCCCAGAGUGUCUUGCGGUCACGCUGACGCGCGCGUGCGCUGAAACACCCUUCUCGCUUCCCACCUGGGUUUGACCUACAGCCGCCCGGGAGAAGAUGGCUACCCCAGGAGCUUCCGGGCUGUACCGGCAGGUGCGAUGCUUCAGUACAUCUGUGGUCAGGCCAUUUGCCAAGCUCGUGAGACCACCAGUCCAGGUAUAUGGCAUUGAAGGUCGCUAUGCUACAGCUCUCUAUUCUGCUGCGUCUAAACAGAAUAAACUGGAUCAAGUGGAAAAGGAGUUGCUGAGAAUAGCACAACUCCUGAAGGAUCCCAAGGUGGCCCUGUCUGUUCUGAAUCCCUAUGUUAAGCGUUCCAUUAAAGUGAAAAGCCUGAAUGACAUCACCACAAAAGAGAGAUUCUCUCCCCUCACGUCCAACUUGAUGAAUGUGCUUGCUGAAAAUGGCCGUCUGGAAAAUACCCAGGGCAUCAUUUCUGCCUUUUCUACCAUUAUGAGUGUCCACCGUGGAGAAGUUCCUUGCACAGUGACUACUGCAUCUACAUUAGACCAAACUGCCCUCUCUGAAUUAACAGCAGUACUGAAGAGCUUCCUAGGUCAGGGCCAAGUACUGAAACUGGAGGUGAAGACUGAUCCCUCAAUCAUGGGUGGAAUGAUUGUCCGAAUUGGGGAGAAAUACGUGGAUAUGUCUGCAAAAAGCAAGAUUCAGAAGCUGAGCAAGGCAAUGCGGGAAACCAUCUGAAAGUGUGGCUUUCCAUCAGUGGCAAAGAUUCUUAAACUUGAAGCUACAGUAAAGCUUCCUCAACAGGC